AUGAGGGAAUUGUUAAAAAAGGCCUUAAAUAAAAUUGAAGAGGAAGAAUUGGAUGAAUUAGGAGAAAUGGGGGCAAUUCAAGCCUUUGAGGUCAGUCAAGAAGGAAAGGAAGUACGUAGUCCUCGCGAAACUUUUCGUUUAGCGGCUCAGUUUGGUUAUUUAGAUAAUCCACAA